GCGCUGCUGCGCCCCCUGACCCAGACGCUGCACGGGGCGGUGCUGAGCCCUGCCCAGCGCCCCGUUCCCGCCGCCCCCCGCAACUCCAGCGCCCGCGCCCCCCGGCCCGGCCGCAACGACAACGCCUACAUGUACAUCCUCUUCGUCAUGACUCUCUUUGCUGCCACGGUGGGGAGCCUGAUCCUGGGUUACACCCGCUCCCGGAAAGUGGAGAAGCGCAGCGACCCGUACCACGUCUACAUCAAGAACAGGGUCUCCAUGAUCUGA